GACAACUUCAACUUCCGCUGUGAAACAGCCGCUCCUGGCCGCAGUAAUACUCUAUUGUUGAGAAUAGGGAAUAGCUAAUCCAGCAUUUGCAGACACUAUUUGCAACAGCCUGUCUCAAAAUCACAACAGAGGAAAGCAUAAGAUGACAAAGAAACUGCUGAUUGAUGUUGACUGCGGUGUGGAUGACGCACAGGCGAUAAUGAUUGCCCUGGCAGCUCCUGAUGUGCAGGUCUUGGGGAUAACCUGUGUUUAUGGAAACACUUCCAUAGACAAUGUCUGCAAAAAUGUGCUCAGAGUUCUCAAAGUUUGCAAGAGGCUUGAGAUUCCUGUGUUUCGCGGUUCUUCUGGACCGAUUCUUUCGGACUCCCUGAAUGCCAGCCAUUUCCAUGGGGAGGAUGGCUUGGGUGACUGUCCAGACCCGGAAGCACCGGGAUUGGACCUGAUCCACAAGGAACGAGCAGUGGAGGCGAUGAUAAGGAUCGUCACUGAACAUGAGGGGGAGGUCUGUCUUGUUGCUACUGCACCGUUGACUAACCUUGCUCUGGCAGUAAAAAUUGAUCCAAGUUUUCCUGAGAAACUGAAGAGUCUUUUUAUUAUGGGAGGAAACAUGGAAUCGAGAGGAAACACGACAGUCUGUGGAGAGUUUAACUUUGCUGCAGAUCCAGAAGCGGCCUACGUUGUCUUGAAAGAUUACACGUGCCCUACAUACAUUGCCACGUGGGAAUACACGUCUUAUCACAAACUCCCCUGGGAUUUCUGUCAUAGUUGGAUGGACCAGAACACAGAAAAAGCCAGAUUCAUGAAGAACAUCUUUGCCUACAGUAUGGAGAUGACAAAAAGCGAUAGGAUUAAAAACGAGACGGUUGGUGCUGAUGGGUUUUUGUCUUGUGACUCCUAUGCCAUGGCUGCAGCUAUUGAUGAAAAAGUUGUUGCAGAAUACAUCGAGUGUGCAGUAUCUGUGGAGCUGUCAGGAAAAUUAACCAGAGGGAUGAUGGUCCUAGAUACCCUGGAUCUACUUAAGAAGAAGCACAAAGCCUUUGUUAUGAAAACAUGUAAUUUAGAAAAGUUCCAAUGUUUACUAAUGGCAGCCCUUAAAUAACCAGUUUUUAUCAAAUUCUCCAUCUAGUCCUUUUGUAAGGAUGCAUGAAAAGUAAUAUCAGAUUUGAAUUCAAAACUUAUUUAACAGAUUGUUUUCUUUUGUAUUUGGGUAUCUAGUGUAUCAAAGUAAUUGUAUGUGUGUACUUCCAUUAGCUACAUUGGUGCAGUUUAAAAAAAAAAAAAAAACAUGGUAUAUUACUUUGUUACAGGAAGCUUUUCUUUUCUAUGCCUUACUCUCAGGUUAUCAGUUUAUGCUUGUACUGGGGCCAUUUCACCCCAGCAGUGUCUUCUAGGUCACAGCAUGUUACUGAAAGCAUGUCAUUCAGUAGGGGAAGAGCUGUUUGUUUAUUGACAGAAAAGAAGCCUGUGAAGGAGUGGCAACAACACAGUCUAAGGAAGUACUAGACAAAGCAUGGUUACUAAACAGUUUUCUUCAAUCUAGUGAAGUACCAGAUAUCAUGUUUUGAAUUUAAAAUGUUUGCUGCAAUGUUUCUUUCAUAACUACACAUUUAUUAUGACAGUUCAUAAAUUGUAAAAUGCAAAACUUGGAAAUGAAAGACAUAUAUAUAUUAGGACCUAAUAUGUUUAAUGUACAAGUACUCCAAUUUUGUGUAAUUCUCGUUUUAAUAGGACAGGGCCCUUUGCCUUUUAUAUUGGCAAGUAUAUUUUGAAGUGUUCUACUUUCAUGUUUCAUAUUAUGGUCUAUGAAAGAACCAGUUUAAGAUUAAAGAACUGCUUGUAAUUGCGCUAUAGCAGUCGCUUACAAUGUACCCUGAAACAUUUUAGCAAAGGGAUCACUUAUUUGCAUAUGUGGGCCAGUUGAAAUAUUUUAAUAUACAUUUUUAAAAAUAUUUUUUUUGUCUUUUGCUCUCUGCUUGGUACAUAUAAAUAUGCUUGUCUUUUUAGAGACAUGAGGAAUAAUUUAAGAUCCACUGCUGAAAGACUAAAAGAUUAAUCAGCAACUUGUAACAGAGAUACCAUGGAGUGGUCCAUUUUUAGAUUUCUGAAAGACUUGCAUCACCCCCUUUUAGAUUUUCAUGAAAUGUAGUACACAUUAUAUAAUAGGAUGUUUUAUGAAAAAUGCUAAAUAGAUUAUAAUCCUCUAGCCUCAGAAUUACUGACCAUCGUUAACAUUGAUGUAUGUUAUAUGACAGACCUUUAUACAAAUAAGUACUGUAAAUAAAAAGGUUAUUAAAAUGCAGUGUAAAAGCAGCUUACCCUUAGGUCUCCGUUCUAGAGAAAGACAAGUUAUUAUGCAAUGUUUGGAUGUACACUUUACCAUUUUUACCUGUUUUUCUUCCAUUUAAUCUGAGAAAUGUCAGCCUGACCCUGAAGUUGUUUCUUGUAGGAUGUUUCAGUGACAUGUCAUUUUAUUUGUAUUUACUGACUAGUAGGAGCAAAGGACUGCUUACUUCAGUUUUUACUGUAUUUGUAGUGCUUAUUAAAUAUGAAAACUA